GCCGCGUCGUGCAACAACUUGUGUCUUCAACGUUAUUUUAUUACUCGCCAUGGCUCAAAGAUCCUCCAGACAAUUCAUGCGACACUGGUUCGCCAUUGAGGCCAUCCCUAUUUAUGCGGUCAUUGGGUUGGCAGUUGGUGGUGCAGGUUGGUACUUGACCAGGCUUGCUCGUGGACCUACUGUGGUCUGGACGAAGAACAACCCAACUCCUUGGAACGACGUCAAACCCGACGAGAACACCAAAUUGAUGGCCGUCAACCAACAGUUCAACAAAAGCUGGUCGCGGGACAAGCUAUAAGAGGCUACUGAGACUUGUGAUUGACGCUUUCGGAAAAUCGCUGUUAUUCUGUACAGAGAAAUCAUAUCCGUUCCUUUGUCUACUU